CACAUCCUCAAGUUGGCAAUCCUAUCAUACGGGUGACAAUUUUACUUGUACAAGAGAGGAACUAGCAUCAUCUCGUAGGACUACCCCACCAAUGCUCAACUAAUAUCUCUUACAAAACUUAGUUUUUCCAAGGAUAGGAUGCAUCAAACUUUGCUUUUAACCCAUACUUUAUUUGCAAUGGCAACCUCUUUUGAUUUAGACUUGACGUGGUAGGAUUUCAAAUGUACGAAACUACAUAUCUACCUUAUUUUUCUUUAAGCACUGAAGACUCCUUCCUUUGAGUAGGAGUUUGAGAACUCGAAAAGGAUGGUAGAAAGCACCAAUUUUUACAUUUUUAAGAUAGAAUCCAAGUCUCAUGACAAGGACUUUCUUCAUAGCCCCUACACUAUCCUCCAUAUACCACACAUGACACAUUAAGACAAAAACUAGCAAUUCAAAGUAUAAUGAAUUUCAAAUUUGUUUUGGGGGUGUGGCAUUACUCGAAAAAUUUAAAAUUGGAUGCAUAAAUGCACACACAAAACCCUUCUCCAAUUGCAUGACAAUUCACAAUAUGAAGAACAAACUAACUAAAUCUUACCACACACUUUAAAUGGGACAAUGUCGUCAUUGGACCAAGUAAGGAGUAGAGAGAAAAGAAGAAUGAAGUUACCACUCGUAAUGCAAAUCAAUCCAGGGCCUCAUAGUGCCCCUCCUCGAUGGGUAGGCGGUAAAGGACAAGGACGAGUAACCAACUCAAUACGGGGCCUCUUAUCCUUGACUCGGUCGGUGAAGGACGAGUCAUUACAUAGCAAGUUCACCCCAGAACCAGUGAAAUAGGCGACCCCAACUCUGUUCGCUCUAAUACGAGGGCUGCGAAUGCGCUCCUCAAUCCUCUCUCACACGUCAGGAAUAGCAAGAGUCUGAUCUCGGUGGCUGUUGAGGAACUAGGCUAUGGUGAAGAUAUAGUCGCGGCCUGGCAUCUGGCUCGAUUUCUUCUUUGAUGCAGUUUGGCGAACAUCUCCGCUACGAGCCAUCCUAAGUGAAGCUAGAAGCCCUUUUCUGAUAGAGCGAAAGAGGAGCAUCUCAUGAGUAGAGAGACGGUUACCCUCUCCAUCAGGGAGCCAGUGAAAGGAGACCCGAUCAAAAUGUUGCACGAUCCGCAGGAAGUGAUCCCUCAGCCACUGAAAUAAGACUAAUGAGUUUUUCUCAAGUGAGACGCCAAAUCGUCCAUGAAGAUAAUGGUUUAUUAACAACUCUAGAAUGUAUCCGGUGAGUAAUGCGCCAUACAGCCUUCUACGCAGCUCCUUCCAUUUCAUCUAGAAGUUACCGAUCCCAAGUUGGUUCUAAACCAGAAAGUGAUGUGCGGCCCAUAGAUCCCUCUCCUUUUCACUUUUCCCUCCGGCCUACAUAAACCCCUUCCAUCUCUCUUCCUCAAUCACUUCCUCAACAUCGCCUUCAUAAAACCACUCUCCAACCCCAACUUCCCGUUUUCUUGCCCUGCAGUCCAAAUUUUUGUCUUUCCGGAAGGAACAAAAGCUUCUCAAAUCCCCUUUUUCUCCCCAGCAAAGAAAUGUGCGGCGGAGCGAUUAUCGCCGACUUCAUUCCCCGCAACCGCAGCGCCACUGCCGCUGACAUCUGGCCCAAGACUUCCAUCAGCAACAAGAUCAGCCCCUAUGAGCCAUUCCCGUCCAAAAGAUCCCAACCCUCUUCAGGUGGUGGGCGGUCGGGUAACGAGUUCGCCACGGGCGUAAAGAGGCAGAGGAAGAACCUGUACCGAGGGAUCCGGCAGCGUCCAUGGGGGAAAUGGGCGGCCGAGAUUCGCGACCCGAGGAAAGGGGUUCGUGUCUGGCUCGGCACCUUCAAUACCGCUGAGGAAGCGGCUCGUGCCUACGACAGAGAAGCCGUCAAAAUCCGCGGGAAGAAGGCGAAGGUCAAUUUCCCCAACGAAGAUGCCGCCGACUGUUGUUACUCGAGAAAUCUCCCGAGCGAUGAAAUUCUCAAUAUCCCCCGUGCUAAUAAUUCCGGGUUCCGCUACGACCUCAACCAGAUCGAGGCCUAUCUUUCCAAUGCUUCCGACGAGGAGGACAAUUAUUCCGGGUCGGCUUCGGACGACUUGAACAGAAACGCGAAUGAUUACAAUCGCGGUCACGGCAGCAGUAAUUGUCUAUUGGAAGCCGUCAAGGAAGAAGAACCUGAGAAAUUAACGUCGGAGAACAGGAAAGUGACGCCGGUGGUGGUGGAGGAGGAGGAGCCGACGGAGGUACAGAAGUUGUCGGAGGAGCUGAUGGCGUACGAGAACUACAUGAAGUUCUAUCAGAUCCCGUAUCUCGAUGGGCAGUCGGCGACUCAGAGUGCAGCCGAGGAGAGCGUCGUCGGAGAUCUCUGGAACUUCAACGACGACGAGGACGUCGUCCCUGCUGUCGCGGCUGCCGUUUAACCUCUCAUCGUAGCCUGCUAGUUUGGAAUUUGAUUUUCGUUUCGCUGCGUUCCCAAUUUGAUUUGUUCUGUAUAAAUUUCAGAAACCCGCACGUUUCCAUUUUCCUUGUUUUUAUCCAAAAAAUUGUAAGUUUGAAUGAUCGUUCAAUUUCAAGUUGCAAAUUUCUUUUGGUAACGUAUUACAAUAAGAAGAAAAAAAGUUCGCGAUUGAAUAUGAGUACAUGACUGUAUUUGAACUUUAUGGAAUUUGAUGUAAUAUCAUAAGUUUUAAGUGACAUUGGUUAAACUUUAUGCGAUUUUAAUGUCUUAAAAUUGUACCUUUCAAGUGGUUGUUGAUGUGUCAAUAUUUUUCUACCAACCUUAAUAUCCACUAUAAAGUGUAAUCAUAAGUUCACCGCCAUUCCCAUUAGGCUAAUAAUUGAGGGACCGAAUAUCAUUGCUCUCUAAUCCGAUUCACAGAAUAAUAAUUAACGGUUGAUAUAGUCUUUCUCUUCUGAUUAUUGGUCAAUAAUUGGUUAAUCUUUUUGGAUUUGACAAAAAAAAUCUAUGAGAUUUGAUGGAGUUCUAAUCUAGAAAUCCUCGACGCAAAAGAAUCAUCAUGAUACAAUAUUUGUAAUUUAUUGUUAAUUUUAAUUGACUUCGAUUUCGUAAUUAAGAAAAUUAUCACUACUUAAAUUUAGUGUGACAAAUAUUAGGUACAUGUAAAAUGUGACUAAUAUUAGAAUUUUUAAACAUGCCUUGUUAAUUGAUUCGAAAAAUGGAUAGGAUUAUGAUUUAGGAACGUGCCAAGCAAGUACUGGGCUAGAGGCCCAUUCAAAAACCACUGGCGGUGCCGCGGUAGGGUUCCAGUGGCGGCGGAAAAGCAUUUUUUGAGUAUAGAGAGUGAAGUAGAGACCAGAGAGGAAGAAACCUGGGGCGCCAAAUUGCAACUUCGCCCCAAGUUUGUGUGCAUAAUAUGCGCGUAGUGCACGGGAAAGUAGGUCUGAUUGUUUGCCAAAUUGUGGAUCAAACCGAAAUGUAUACUUUUAAAAUGGUUUGGACAAUAAUUUGUAUUAUUUGAUGUUUUGGUUUGUCGGUAUGCUCUGAUGCAGAUUGUAGAUUCGUUCCACUCAAUCAAUCUCUUCACUUCAAUUUUGUGAGUCACGUCUCCUUGUUCAUUCAGAAACCACGUCUCGUCAAAGAUAGAGGUAGCCGUGUCUCCAAAUGCGUUAUAUUUAUAUUUAUGAUGAUAUUGUGGAAGUUGGGUUGAUUUGGUUUAGUGUUUUCAUUAUUUAUUUGGGUUUAGAGUAUCAAAAUUAUGCAUUAUAUUGAAACAUAGGUUUUAACGCAAAAAAAAAUAGUUUUCAUAUAUUUUUGGAGCGGCGGACCGAACAAAUCGUUCAUUUUAUAUUAAAUGUGGUUUGUUUGGUCCAGAAAUUAUGCAUGCGCAUUGGAAUUUCAUGUUUUAAAGCUUAAAAAUGAUUAUUUUCCUGAUUACUGGUUUGAUUUUUUUUUUUUUUUUUUUUUGUGAUGUGGACCAAAUCAACAGCUUUUUUUUUUAUAUACUUAAUAUUGUUUGUUUGAUUUGGCAUCCGUAUCCUCAUUGUCGGAUGGAGGUGGAGAGGAUUGGCAUCCCAAGACCUCACUUGGUAAAAUAGAAAUUGUUACGUAUGUGUAGGUAAGCUUGGUAAAUACAGGUAUGGUAAGAAUUUACUCAAUUUAGGACCACGCAGCUACAAUAUUUAGUUCUCCGCAUGAUAAGGCAAUAAAAUAAAUAGAAAAAU